AUGAUAAGACGCGUAUCAUGUUUGAGUUCGGCGUUAUUAGAUCGUCAUGUGACCGCAGGAUGUGUAACGCUUUUCACGUCUCUUCGCGGUACACGCAAUAAUCGACACGAUAGCAACAAUGAUGAGUUGACAAGUACUUAUUUUGAUAUGCAGGAUGUGGACGCAGAUCGCCUGAACCAUCACUAUUGGAAUUCAUUUGGUUUACCGUAUGAAGAUAUGUUGUUGAUGGAUGAGUGUCUUCUGGAUGAGAAUGGUGUAGAUAUUACCGAGCAGAUCCCCAUGCGAGAUCGUCGUCUUUUGCGUGGGGAGUACCUGUGA